AUGAACAAUCAAUCCGUGUACAAUAAAUUCAGUUCAACGCUGUCUGUGUUUAACAACAAUGCUAAUUUGAACAGUAGCAUUUACAUUUCGGGGGAUAAGAAAUCAAAGUCAAGGACCUCCUUGAACGCCUUGUCUUUUUACAAAUCGAAUGCUUCCGUUUAUGUAAAAAAAGUAGAUAAAACAGACAAAAAAGAAAAUGUGAAAACAUUAAUUCGGUACUUGGGAUGGAAAAAUUAUAGUGGUAGUAUAUCUCCAAAUUUAUUUAAAAACCCUAGUAUGACAGAUUUGAUAAAUAUAUGGAAUUUUAUAUUUAAACAUGUCGACCCGAUGAUUGAAGUGAAUAAAGAUAAUUAUGGGGAAGUCGUGUUAAGUUUUUAUAAAGACAUAGGAUACCCAUAUACCAUAUCAAAGUCUACAUUAGUUGCUCCUACGACGGGUCUUCAAUAUAAUACACAUUUAACUGCAUUGGCUUGGUUAUGUCAACUACUAAUUUUCGAAGCGGAAUGUUUUAAUGAUAUAAAUGAAGAAAAAGAUUUGAAUUUUUCAGAUGACUUAAGUGAAGACAAUGAUAUAAAGAUGGAUGACUUUAUUUUAUAUAGUUACAAAACACACAUAAAUAAAGAAGAGAGGAAUGCAAAUGAUAUGUUAAAUGCAAAACUUGAUAAAGAGAUCAGUAGGCUUGAAAAUGAUAUAAAUACCAAAAAUGAUGAUAUUAUUGAAAAGAAAAAAAAGAUUGAAGAAGUAAAAAUUCACAUAAAAGAAAAUGAUGAAUUAAUUAAAAGAAAUAAAGUGUUAUGUGAAGAAAAUAAAAAAAUAAAAUUAUUAUAUACAAAUAGUUUAGAUGAAACAAAAAAAUUAGAAAAAGAUAUUGAAAUGUGUAAAAAGAAUAAUGAAGAGGAAAAAAACAAAACAGAAAAAAUUUUAGACGAAAUUAAUAAAGUAAAAGAAAUAUUACAAAAACAAACAUUAAACAAAGCACAGUUUUUACAAAUGAAUGAAAAUAUUGAUAAAAAUAAAGAAAAAAUCGAACACAUAAAAAAUGAAAUCAAAAAUUUAAAUAAUGAACAUCCCAACUUAAGUGAAAAAUUAAAUAACAAAAAUAAUGACUUAAAAAAAUUAGCAAAAAAUGUUAACGAAAAAUUAAAUGAAAUUAUGCAAAAUGUUAAUAUGUACAAAAGUAUAUCUAUCUCUCAGUGGACCAAAAUAAACAACAUUAAUAUAAAUAUAGACGCAUUCACAGUUGAUAAUAUGUUAAACAUAAAUUGGAAGGACAAAAAGGCAGACAUAAAAACCUAUAUCGAGCAAGAUGAACACGAAUUAAAGAAUACCCUAAACUUAAUUGACGAAUAUGAGAAGUACAUUACAACAAUGCAAGACCAAAUAAACGAGCUUAAAUCAAACAUUACACAGAAGGAGGACGCGGUUAAAAAAUUAGAAGAUGAAAUUGCAAAGUUUGUGAUCAUGUCCGAGAAAAAGUUGAACCAAAUUGUUUCGCAAAAUGAGAAAAUGCUAGGAGAUGCAAAGGAAAAGAAUAAUAAGGUUAAUCAAGUACUCAAAGAAGUGCUCGAAUCAAAAGAGGAAAAGGAAAACGAAUUUAACCAAGUCAAAAUGGAAAAUGAAAAAAUGUUUAAGGAGAAGUUAUCCGCGCUUCAAAAGGCUUGCGCCCUUUUGAUAGAGUUGAAGAGCUACAGCAAGUCAUAUAUAUCCAUCGUGUUGGACGAAAAAAAAAGAGAGUUAGAGUUGUACAAAGAUCUUCAUAAAAUCGUAACAGAGUGA